GCUGAGACUGAGCGGGGAGAAAAGUCACGAUGAAGAACCAAGGCGGGGAGACCAAAGCAGCCCCGCGGCCUGCUAGCUCUUCCAAAAUGAGCAGCGGUCUGGCGCUGGAGGAAGGCGACUCGCCGGAGGCCGCAGCACCCCUGGAAGCUCCUCCUGCGCAGGAGGACACCAAGUCCUCCCGGCCUGCCGUGCGUGACGUCUCCGAAGAGCUAAGCAGACAGCUUGAGGACAUCUUGAACACAUACUGUGUGGAUGCCAGCCAGGAGGGUCCAGGCGAGGACGGCGGGCAGAGUGAGCCCGCGGAGCCGGAAGAAGCCGAGAAGUGUCGUAGCGAGUCCCCGAGGAACGGUGACCAGGAGUCGGGCGGCCCCGAGAUGAACGGGGAGAAGGAAAGCACGAAGGGGACUGAAGAGUUUCGACCCGGCGAGGAGUGUGGGGAGCGGGAUCAGAAGAAGGCUCAGGAAAAGAAGAAAGCUAAGGGCCUAGGCAAAGAAAUCACUUUGCUGAUGCAGACGCUGAACACCCUGAGCACGCCAGAGGAGAAGCUAGCAGCACUGUGCAAGAAAUACGCUGAGCUGCUGGAAGAGCACCGUAACUCCCAGAAACAGAUGAAGAUCUUGCAGAAGAAGCAGACGCAGCUGGUGCAAGAGAAGGACCACCUGCAGAGCGAGCACAGCAAGGCCAUCCUGGCCCGCAGCAAGCUGGAGAGCCUGUGCCGCGAGCUCCAGAGACACAACCGCACCCUCAAGGAGGAAGGUGUCCAGCGUGCGCGGGAGGAAGAGGAGAAGCGGAAGGAGGUGACAUCUCACUUCCAGGUGACGCUGAACGACAUCCAGCUCCAGAUGGAGCAGCACAACGAGAGGAACUCCAAGCUGCGCCAGGAGAACAUGGAGCUGGCAGAGCAGCUCAAGAAGCUCAUCGAGCAGUACGAGCUGCGGGAGGAGCACAUCGAUAAGGUGUUCAAACACAAGGACCUGCAGCAGCAGCUGGUGGACGCCAAGCUCCAGCAGGCGCAGGAAAUGCUGAAGGAGGCAGAGGAGAGACACCAGCGGGAGAAGGACUUUCUGCUGAAGGAAGCCGUGGAAUCGCAGAGGAUGUGUGAGCUGAUGAAGCAGCAGGAGACCCAUCUCAAGCAGCAGCUGGCUCUCUACACGGAGAAGUUUGAAGAAUUCCAGAACACCCUUUCCAAAAGCAGUGAAGUGUUCACGACGUUUAAACAGGAGAUGGAGAAGAUGACUAAGAAAAUCAAGAAGCUGGAGAAAGAGACCACGAUGUACCGCUCUCGCUGGGAGAGCAGCAACAAGGCCCUCUUGGAAAUGGCUGAAGAGAAAACCCUUCGGGACAAAGAGUUAGAGGGGCUUCAGGUGAAAAUCCAGCGCUUGGAGAAACUGUGCCGAGCCCUGCAAACGGAGCGCAACGACCUCAAUAAGAAGGUGCAGGACCUGUGUGCCCACGCGCCCCGGGCAGACACGGACCUGUUGGAGCCUUUGAGGGACCCAUCUCGGGACGGCUCCGAGGCGGCGGCGGGAGGUGCUCCGGCAGAGCAGCGCCUGGCUGAGGAUUGCCUUCACUCAGGAAAGCCGACGCACAGCACGGAUCCUGCGGAGAGCCUGGGAGAACUGAGCAUAGGAGCCUUGGGGCAGAGUGGGACUGAGGAAGGCACUCAGGGCGCUGACUGAGCCCGUUGUGCGGUAGGCAGAGGCUGCGACUCCCCUAAAAUCUAGCGCAGCUCAGGAAAGCGGGUGCGUGGAUCUGCCCCGGCACGCGGCGCUGGGACAGCUGGAUGCGUCGCCGCCUCCACCUUCACAGCGACUCUCGCAUCGAGUGAAAGCAAACGAGCUGAGCAGGGGAGAACCGAAGCGUUUCCCGGCGCUGGAUUCUCCCUCCCUCCUCUGCGUCAGGCAGGAGGGAGCUCCGGGACUUGCUCUUGUUUUCUCUUGCCCUGGCUGGCAGCUCUCUCGUGUGUGAGCCGAGCGAACGAGGGCGAAAGAGGCCGUUCCCCCUCCUCUGUGUGGGUUUUGUGUAUUGAACAGGGACAAAAAGAAGCAGAGAAACGGGGGGUGCCCGGUUCACCCAGGCCCCCCGCGGGGCCUUUGCUCUUCCCAGAACCUGCCGAUGUCUCAAUAGCCUUAUGAUUCACAGUUGCCUCUUUGCUAUACGCACAUGUGCACAAGUGUAUUAAACAGUUAAUCCAAA